AUGGCAACCUUCUCCACCACCCAGUUCUCUCUGUAUACCAGCAGCCCCUACGCCAAUGCCUUCCCUCCAGGUUGGGGUUAUCCCCCUGGCACCAUGCCCCCUGUUACCAUGCCCCCUGGCACCAUGCCUCCUGGCCUUAUGCCCCCUGGCCUUAUGCCCCCUGGCCUUAUGCCCCCUGGUACCAUGCCCCCAGGCCUUAUGCCUCCUUGUACCAGGCCCCCUGGCCUUAUGCCCCCUGGCUUUAUGCCCCCUGGUAUUAGGCCCCCUGUUAACAUCUAUCCCACUCCCCCAUACAACCAGCCCACUGGCAACCUGCUCCAGCUCAUGAACCUCCAACUCCCAAACAGCAAGCCCGCUAGCACCCGCCAGCUUACAUACAUCCAGCCAGCUAACAACCCCCAGGGCAAAUCUACCCAGCCUGGUGGGACCCGCCAGCUUACAUACUUCCAGCCCGCUAGCAACCCCCAGGUCACAUCUACCAAGCACGCUAGCACCCGCCAGCUUACAUACAUCCAGACUGCUAGCAACCCCCAGGUCACACCUACCCAGCCCGAUAGUGAACUCAAGUUCACAAGCACGGCUGUACUGACGCCAGCAGUGAAAGUGUUGACCCCAGGCCCCAUCUCCUUGAGCAAGGCCCAACAACUGAAGGAGCCAUCACCCCCCCGCUGUCUGCAUUACGUUAAGACGGUGGUGCCCAAGGGCAGCAAACGCCGCAUGAGACGGUCAAGAGUCACGAGAAACAGGCAGGCGCUUGAAGAAAGGUGUAAUAAAUACAAGAAAGAGGUUCUGAGAAAGAGGAGAAUAUAUCGAGAUCUCCAAGGGAAGAGAGAUGGACUGAUUGCAAGAGCUGCAGCGAAAUUGGCCGCUCAGUUGGCGGCAAAGUACCCCAGGGCCCUCUCUGAAGCGGAGGCAGAGAGCGAUGUUGAAGGGGAGAAAAAAACAAUGCCCGAAGAAGCGAUUAAGGGGAAACUAAAGAAGAAGCUUGAAGAGUUCAACCUGAAGAUGAAGCGGAAAUCGACGCAACAAACACCAACAUAAACUCAAAGGCAGUUUGUUAUCUUCACUUGGCAUCAUGAGCUCAUCUCCCACUAGAAUAGAACCUGCUGCUGACCCAUCUAGACCCUAUGGACAUCAGUUGGCUUACAUUGUUACCUAUCAACCAUUUAUAGAUUUGUAAUGACACUAGCAAAGGAUUUGUUAUCUUUGAGCCACAUCCUUUAAGGCUACAUAGUGAAGUUUUUUUUUUCAGAUUGGGUUUAUCUGUAGUAGCAUGGGUACGGUCAGGGGCUUUUCUUGACAACGUGAUCUGACUAGCAAAAAUGAUUGCCUAUAUAGGCUUUUCGCUUUAAUUAGGUCCUGGAUAUUUUCCUAGGCUGGUCAUUUGGUCGGGAAAAACUCUUAACCCAUUUCUGUGGAUCCUCUUUCACUGUGUAUAUAUACAAAAUAAAGAGUUAUUUUAUUUCUUUUUCUCAAAAAGUUACUUCAAUAUGGAAGUCAUGCUGAUGCUCUAAACUAUGUCACACUCCGUCCUGUUGGCGGCAGUAUUAUAAUUUUAAUCAUAAGAAGGUGGGGGGGGAAAUCUACAGAAGCAGGUACAGCAGAAAAAUAAAAUACUUUGUCUUUGGCUAGCUAGAUCUUA